GAUCCACGCACGCGCUAAGAGCUUGCAAUUCCAUUAUUAGGAGAUUUUAGACAUUCUAUGCUCUAGUUAGCAUGCAUUUAAGUAAAAUUAGUUGAUUUUAAUGUGUAAGUACGCGAAAAGUUGCUGUGUUUAGCAGCUCGUCGUGAAACAAUUCUCGGAUAUCGAUAUGCCAGAUGAUUCGCCAAAAACUUUAUAUGUGGGCAACUUGGAUCAUGUUGUGUCGGAAGAUUUAUUGUGUGCUUUGUUUUCGAACAUGGGCAGCGUCAGAAGUUGUGAGAUCAUCAGAGAGCUUGGAGGUGAUACCUAUGCGUUCGUGGAAUUCGAAGAUCACAUAACAGUUUCCGCGGCACUAACAACUCUUAAUCAGCGACUUUUUCUAGAAAAGUUAAAGUUCGCUGGUUGACGGUUACCAGCAGUUCGCGGGGAACGUCGGCGGCG